GUUGGUAUUAUAUGAAGGAGGUUCCAAAGUGCAAGUUUAAGUUACUUAAGCUGCAAACAUCUUAAGAUGAUUCUUUUGCUCAUUAUUCCGACUAUCUCAGCUAUUUCUGUUAUAGAUGAAGCCGGCACGAAAGGAUGUGUUUAUUCACCCAAAUAUAAUGGUACGCUGAAUGUUACACGAGAUGGAUUUCCUUGUCAACGCUGGGACAGUCAGUCACCGCAUGAACAUAAUAGAAAUAAAGAUGACAACUUUCCAAACGAUGGUUCCGUGUCCGAUGCCAACAAUUAUUGCCGGGAUGCAGACGGUACCUAUGAGCUUUGGUGCUACACAACAAAUCCUGAAGUAAGGUUUCAGAAGUGUGAUGUAAAUGUUUGCCAGCCUCCAAGAGUCAGACAAAGCGAUUGUGGUGACAGACUACCAUCAAACAAGACUUCUAGACAUUGCCCAAUAGAUACAGUAUACUACAUGUGUUUCCUUGGUCCAAUGUCAUUCCCAAGGAGUAUAGAAUACCACGUCGACUGUGACUUGUAUUAUUGUUGUAAUCCGAACAUGAAUGAUACGACUUCAAAAGAUCCACUAGUUACAUCGAAAGUUGAUUACAUAGAUUCAAAUAAAUCAGAAUCUUCACCAAGGAUAUAUCACAUCACAACUGAACUAAGUAGCACUAGUGAAGUGAUUACAUACACUACUACAAUGUCAAGAUCGUCGAAAACGUUCGUCUCAACUUCUGACACAGUGAAUGGAUCAGAUACAAAUUACUUCAAAUUCAAGUUGAAUGACUUGGUAUUCUGUUUGUUUAUAUUCGUUUACAAACGUAUGCUCUAAGUAAACAAUUAUUAUCUUGGAACAAUACAUUUAAAGUAUUCCAAAUUUGUGUGAUGUAAAGUAAAUACUGUACUGCGUAUUACUGUUAGAGCUACUUAAUGGAUGAUUUUAAUUUGUUUGAAUAAUUUAUAAAGAAUGCAAAUGUUCAUAAAAUGCAGUGUUUCAACAGCAACAACACCAAAAGAGAGAACUUACCGAUAUUUAUGUUUAUUUGAAGCCAGUUGUAAGGUCACCAUAUCUUCAAGAUUGACCUCAUUUCAUUUUGUAAGCUAAUACGCAAUAUAGUAUAUAAUUUUCACUUCCAAAUGUAAACAAUGUAUAUAUUUUAGCUAGGGCUAGUAAAUUUAUUAUUUUCGAUCAUCCGAGGGUAUUUCUUCAUUUUAAAGUGUAUAAAGCUAUAUCAAACUAUGUAGGGCCUACAUAGUUACAUGCCAACGUUAUUAUAAAACGAAUACUUCCAAAAUGCUUGUAUAAAAGAAAAAUAAAAGGAUAUUGCCUUAAAGCGAAUGGUCUAUUCAUUAUUAUUUAAAUCGCUUUUAAAUACAUCUGUAUGCUAUUUAUUUAUUGAUGAAGUAUGUAUACUUUUCAUUACUGUAGUGUGUAUGUAUUGUAAAUAAAUCUUAUGACUUA